GUUCCACCGGCAAAAGUAGAACUUUUCCAUCUCAGCUGCCGGCAAGAAAUUUUGUGCACUAUAAUUUCCAGAAGACUCCUCUCAAGUCGUUCUCUUCCCAACGAAAACGAAGUGUUUUUUAUAGGACAAUUUGAGUCGCAAGGCACGGGAUUCAAGGCAUUCUCUUCCCAACCAAAACGAAGUGUUUUUCACAGAAAUGAGUGGCAAGGGUCUCAGCAGGUCACAGGGGUCGGGACAAAUUCAUGUCAGCGAACGAGCCGAAUUGUCGUCAUCAUCAUCGCCCAACUUUUUCGACGAGGACGACACCAUGGUCGUCGCUGGUGAUCCUAUUGUUCGUACCGAUGUGGAAAUCCUCUACGUGGGAAAUCCAGUCAGACCAAUUUCAGGUGCCUCCAAUGUCGACAGCAAAACUUCGGCUGCUCCUCCCCCACCAGAAAAACAACCCCGACUCGAAACCAAACCGGAAACUAAAGUCUUAACCCUGGACCUAUUUGUUUCCUACUUGGAAACUUGCAUCAGCCCGGUUGGACUCCUCUAUAAAGGAAAUUGGGUCUACAAAUUCGACUGCAAGGAUGAAAUCGUCGCCAUUUUGGAGUCUGUGAUCCUCUUCGUUUCUAAGAAGGAUGCCCCCGAUGGUUUAAAAGUAUUUGGAGAUGAUAACCUGGACACGUGGAAAACCCUGGUGCAAGACUCAACCUCAACUUUCUUCAAAUCCCUAAAAAGUCAUAGUGUUCAGCGUAAUUUAUACAAAAAGUAUGCGAGCUGGUCCGUAAUUUCGAAAACUUUUCCAAUUUUUCCAAAAUUCCUGAAAUCCCUCUCCUUCCUCGUGUAUCAUUUGUACAAGGGGAAAGAACAGGAUUUGAAAAAGGUCAAAUAUCAAAGUCCAAAUCUUGUCGUGGCACAAAUCCUGCUAAAUGUGGUGGGUUUCGAACAAGACAUUUUUCCCGGUCAGAAUAAUGGGUACAAGUUGAGGCUAGAUUUUCGCUCAAAUUCGCCCGAACUUUUCCCCCGGGGGGAGGAGGAACCUGAAGGGGAAAUUUUACCGAGAAAGGCAAAUGCACCUUCUUCUUCCUCCUUGAUGGUGGGUGGGGUGGACCCCCUUCUUCCCAAGGUGUACGAUUUUGCUGCAGAUUUACGAAAGAGGGCGGACGAUUAUGCGACUUCGGUGAAAAAUCUGGCUCGAAAUGUCGAAGAAUGUUACGAACUCAGGAAGAAAUUUCAAAGCAAGGUCGUCGAGGCGAAAAAUGAGCAUGCGAGGUCGUCCGCCCUCAGGGUGGAUUUGGCGAGAAUGGCAAAUUUUCAAAUUAAUGACGAUUUAGUUAAUACUUAUCAAUCUCGGGAUGCAAAUGUUGUCAAGUUUCUGACUUUGUGUGAAAAGGAGCCAGCAAUUUAUGACGAAAUAAUUGAUAAAAUUAAUAAGGUUCUGGUUCUUGACGGUCGAAAGGGGAAGGUUGUCGAUGAUGUGGAAAAGUCGGUGAGUACGAGUAAACCGUAAAUUAAGCUGUAUUUAUUGGAAUAUUUCUGACGAUGAAUUUCAUGGAAUAAUUUUUUCUCUUGGUAAAUAUUUAGUUAAUCUUUUUUAAAGGACUAUUUUGUAUAAAUUUUAGUUCAAAUUUUGUAUUAUAUGAUUUGAUUAUAGUUAGUUAUUAAUUGGCUCAUGUAUGAAUUAUGUAAGUAUUUAUAUUGUAUUAAUAUGCAAUUUUUCAUGUUAAUUAUCAGACAAGGGUCUUAUUGUAAGGCGCUGGACGUUUAGUUUUUUUUAAUGUUGAUAUGAAAUAUGUAUGUAUUUUACGAUGUAUUUGGACUUGAAGCGUCUUUUAUAAUAAAUAUAGGAAACAAAAAUGUA